CAAGAGGCGUCGGUGGGUGGAUAUUGAGCGACGCCGGGCGUCGUGGCGCACCGUGCGGAUCAGUCGCCCUCCAGCUACCGCCCUAGAUACGAGUUCAGCCACUUCCGGCCCUCCUCUUUGCUCGUCGGACGUGCCUCUUGCCGACUUCUGUGUUCCCUCCUUUCCUUUUUCUGCUGCUGGCCGCAUAAGCUUUCAGUUUCUCGUCGGUUGCGUGUUUUCGCGUAUAGAAGAAAGCAAUAACACACUAGAAACAUGCUGAUCGAUCUCGUGCGCGACUCAGUGCUGCAGUGCUUCUGUCACAGCUGCAAAGCACCUCUGGGCAUAGCGGGAAGUAGAAGGGGCAACGCGCCCUUCAAGAAGCCCAGCGGCAAAGGAAAGCCGCGGACUAAGCAGCCGAAGAAAGUGAAGUUCAUCACGACCGAAAUUCGAUGCCAAGAGAAAUCUAAGGGUGGCCUCUGCUACGAGGUAAUUUUGGCGGAGCCAACAGUUCCUAAGAGGGCACCGUCACCGCCACAGACAAGUCCGACUCAACAAGUCGCUAUCGAGGACAAGCUUAGAGCGGCGGAGGAGAGAAGACUUUCUUUGGAAGCUCAUAAGCUCGCUGCUCUCGCUGCUAAGCUUAGCAAAAUCGAAGAGGCCGCUCGCAAGAAGGAUGAACUCAGCUCUGCUUUCAUCACCGCGACCCGCGAAUCACUGGACGCAAAGAUGAACAACACCGAGGAGAAGCGAGAGGCACAUAUCGCUGAACUGAAGAACAAGCUGAAAGAACACUUAGAAAGUGUAGAGAAGACUCGCUUGAGCCUCGAACUUCAGACCGAGGAGAUUCGUUGUGCCGUUGAAGAGAAGCUGAAGACCGCUGCUGCUCAACGCGAUGAGAAUAUGAAGAGGAUGUUGGACCGUCUCAAGGAACAUGAAGAGCAAGCUGCUCGCAUACGUCAAGCAAUAUCCGAACGCGUGCAACAGCUCGAGACCCAGAUUCAAGGCAAGUUGGACCAAGCCCGCGAACGCCGUGAGAACAUCGAACGCGAACAGAAGGAGAAACUGCGCAAUCAUAACACUGUGAAGAUAGCAAAAGUGCGUCAGACAGCGGAUGAGUGCGUCACGAGAGAAAUUAUGGUGAAAAAGUUCGAAUUUGACAAGAGGGUUUCUACUGCGGAGCAGAACAGACAGCGAGAGAUUCAACGUCGUGUGCAGGCUAUUCGCCAAUAUGAAAGGCGCGCCGAAAUUGUGAGACAGAACAAAGCAGCUCUGUCCGAACUAUCUGGUGUGCCAGCUGAAGAGGAGACUGCCAGCUCUGGGUAAACGGAAGAUCGUUCUCGAUCGUAAUCCUCGUUAAAAUAUCUUUUCAUCGUUGCAAAAUCGAGGAAAGAGGAGAGCGGGAUAUGGCUAUCGGCUUGCAGUGUCACUCGCUGAAUAGAUCAUCGGAGUUACGUGUUUAAAUUUCGGAAUAAACUAAGGAGUCACGCUCGCUGAGCUUGACGUGACUCUGUUACGCUUUGUGCCAUUUUCGUUCGCUGGAAGACAAAUUUUUAAAGAACUCGCAAGCGAUUAUAGUAGCUGGAGAGAUUUUCAAUUUUAACGAUAUUAUUUUACUACAGUUGUUGAGAGACAAACUAAACAUUCGAUUAGACAAAAAGUAUUCACAAGUAACUCGAGGAGACGUUCGUGACGAACGAUUAAAUUGUUUUUACUUUUUUUUUUUUAUCUCCAACUUUGUACUUGUGCAAAAUCACUGCCUUCAUCUAACUACACACUAAAAAUACAAAAAAAAAAAAAAAAUACACGAAGAUACGCGUACUAAUCUGAGUUUAGAAUACAUGUACAAUAUUAUUUUUUCAGUUCUAACGUGCCUACCACUAACACGAUUGUAGAUCUUCUACGAGAUGGCAUUAAAAAAAUAAUAACUUCUCUACGUUUGUGAAUGAUUGUGUAUGUUAGAAUAACUAAUAUUUUAUGAAUUUUUAUAACUCGCUUGAUUUCAUAUUUACUUUUUUUUAUACAGCGAUUAUAACGUUAUUAUUAACUUUGUACUUCAUCGAAGAGUCAUUUAUUCGAGUUUUAAAAUUGAAAAGAAGGAUCAUAACGAUCAUCGAAGUCGAGAGUUUUAACGUUUCAUUACUAUUUCCGAUGUUUCUCUGAAGUUUCGUCUUUUAUUUUCCUAGGUUUUCGGUGUUCCGUUCGUUAAAUGUUUGCUAUCAUUUAUAGGAUAAUAAUAGAAUACUACCGCUACAAUUAGAUCGUAAGUGGUAAUUGCGACCAUAUGUCAGUGCACAUACCAUACGUAAUAAACGAUUAUACGUGCAUGGUAUGCGUCGACAUAUAAGCACACUUAUAAUAUAUAUGAUAGUGCUUUAUACUAGGCUUGAAAACUUUAAAACCAUUUUGUACUCGAUCAUUGUAAUAUUACUGCGCUAACUGAACAAAAACAUUCACAAGAUAUGUAGUCUAAUUGAAUAUGAUAAUAUGAUGCUUC